CGCCACAUUCAAAGUUUGGAAACCAUUGCGAUCCGAUCAUUGUGCAGUUUUUCGAAUAUUGUUUUUACAUUUUGAGGUAAUUCAGUCAAGAAAAGUGAAAAAAUGUCCCAAAAACACAAUACUUCCAGUAAGAAAAAGAUAACUAAAUCGACCCGUGCUGGUUUAACGUUUCCGGUGGGUCGAAUUACGACUGCUCUGAAGCAUGGCAAAUACGCUGAUCGUGUUGGGGCGGGUGCCGGUAUUUAUUUGGCGGCCACACUGGAAUAUCUGAUGGCCGAGGUGCUCGAGCUGGCUGGAAAGGCUGCAAAGGAUAACAAACGAUGCCGCAUUCUUCCGCGUCACAUUCAGUUGGCCGUACGGAACGAUGAAGAGCUCAGCCAGCUGCUUAAGGAUGUGAGCAUUUCCCAGGGUGGGGUCGUGCCCCACAUUAACCCGUUGCUGUUACCCAAGGGCACCCAAAUAAAGAAGUCGGGUGCGCACCACAAUGACAGUGAUAAUGGCCCGAGCCAGGAGUAUUAAGAGCACAGCUCGAAUUUUGGUAAAAUACCUCAAUGUACCUUUCCAUAUGACCAUUUUUAAACAAUGGAAAUGUUUACCAGCGUCAGAUAUUUAGUUUGUAAGAGUUCCGAAUUAAUAUUCCGUUUGUUCAGAUUAAAAUAAUUUUACUAUA